AUGUCGAGCAGUGAAGAGAUGGAUACCGUUGUCGUCAAGAUGGCUACCACUGCCGAUGAUAACAAUACGCUUAUAGAGACUGGCACGGACCGCACAGCAGAAUUCUCGGAUCAUGAUAUGGACUUGACCGAGUCUUCCUAUGGUCAUGAUGAGAGCUGUGGCAGUGAAAAAGACUUUGGAGGAGAUGACGAUGAUGACGAUUUUUUGGAUGGAACCAUUCCCUCCAUGGCUCAGUUUUACAACAACCAAGAGCAAGAAGAGCCAGAAGAAGAAGAAGAAGAUAAACCGUGCAUUCACUAUUUGGGCCGUAACUACGAGGCAUCGGAACUGGUCCAUUCGGCUCCCGUCUUGGAACAGAGUUUUCGAAAUACCCGCAAAAGUCGUCGGGCUACCUAUACAGUGGGGAGCAGCAUGAGCACCAACAUUGCCGCCAUCACCAGUAUGAGUAGUAGUAGCAGUAUGAAAUUGGAUUCCAGUGAACACUUGUCGGAUCGUUGGUCGCAACAACCAGCCACUGUGGUAGAAGAGGAGGAAGAGGAACAAGAAGAAGAAACGCAAGGGCUCACCAGCAAAACCAGUCACCACUCUCGUCGUCGUCAACGUCAACGUCGGGAGCGUCGUUGCAGUCUACCAGCUACCCAGAGCCUACCUACCAAAUCCAGCUCUGGACCCGCCCGAAUGUCCAACAGCAGCUUUACCAGUCGCUUGCGAGCCAGUAUCAGCAAUAAAUUGCCGACCAGCAUGAGUCAAUCAGAGGUCUUUUCUUCCACCCGUCGACGCGCUACCGAAGUGGACAGUAUGAACGCCUCCAUGACGCACUUUACGGCUCCGCGACAGCGUCGUGCUUCUACCAUGCGUGUUGUCUUGUUUGGCCCAUCCGAACAAGAACUGCUGGAAGAAGCCCAGUUGAAUCGAUGGGGAUACUCCAAUCUAGAUGUCAAGAACAUUAUCGAUGACAAGGAAACGUUUGCCAAACUCAAGAGCGAUUUAAAGGCACGACAGGCCGUCACCAACAAUCUCAUUGGACAACGGAUUCAUGUUUUUGUCAAGAACCAAAAACACCGACAGCAGCAACUACUGUGGGAACAACAGCAAGAACAAGAGCAACAACAAGCACAAACUGUGCAAUCGUAA